AAUACAUGUAUUUCUCAAAACAACUUUAAUUUGGUGCCAACAUAUAUAGCAGCAAAGCAGCCAGAAAUUUCAGAUCUUUGAAAACAACUCAUCAUUUCUGAGUUGCACUUGUGAUAUUGUGUGUGGCAUUUCCAUUCUAUGUGGAUGAGUGAAGAGUGAGACACAAAAAGAGACAUGUUUCGUUCUGCAAGAUGGUGGACCGACAGGAACAGAGUCAAAGCUCUUUUCAAGCUCCAUUUCCAUCUCACACAGGUGAAUGAAUGUGGGGUGGAUGCAUUGGUGCUGUCAAUAGUUCCAGGGGACUUUGGAAAACCAACCACCAGAUUGGAUCAAGCUACAGUUAGAAAUGGAGUUUGUACAUGGCAUAAUCCUGUAUAUGAAACUGUCAAGUUCAUUCAAGACCCAAAGACUGGCAAAUUCACUGACAAAUUAUAUCAAUUUUUGCUUUCAACGGGUUCAUCAAAAGGUAGCUCCAUUGGGGAGGCUUCUAUAAAUAUUGCUGACUAUGCUGAGGCCACAAAACCAUCCUAUCUCUCUCUUCCCAUCAGGAUUUCUCAUUCUGAUGCUCUUUUGCAUGUAUCCAUCCAGAGGAUUCAAGAAAAUAGUGAUCAAAGAGAAGAAGAGGAAUGUGAAGAUGCCAAACAAAAAUCCCAUGAUUGGAUCAUAAGCAACCAUUUAAGCAAUGCAGACAUAGAUGAAAGCACUAGAAGCAACUCUUCUGAAGAAGUCACUGCCAAAGCAAUGAACAAUAGAGAAGAAUUGAGUGUUAAUUGCAGCACAUCUAGUGAAUCUGACACUACAUUGUCAAGUUCAGAUGACAGCUCUGGACUUGAUAGUCCCCGAAAACUUGGACUGAAAAGAAAAAAGAACAUCCAUCCCAGCAAAAAUGUGUUUCUUUCAGGUAUGAACCACAAUUCAAAAUCUCAAAAACUUGUUAUCAGUGACUCCACAACACAAAUGCAUGAUGAUAUGCAUCAGAGAAUACACUUUGAUUGGCCACCAGGCGAUUCGACAAACGGCUCCAACCGUGACAUUCCAAAGGAAGAUUUCGAAGAAUCACAUCCUACAGAGACUGAAAAACUCAAGGCUGAGCUUGCUGCAUUGGCUAGGCAUGUGGAUGUGUCAGACAUGGAACUACAGACCCUUAGAAAGCAGAUUGUGAAGGAAACCAAAAGAGGGCAAGACCUCUCAAAGGAAAUCCUUAUCUUGAAAGAGGAAAGAGACGCAUUCAAGUUGGAAUGUGAGAAUCUCAAGUCUUUCCACAAGCGAAUGGACGAGGCCAGAUUGCGAAGCAGGUCGCAAUUGGAAACCAGAGAUCUCGGCGCUUUCGUGGAAGAAAUCCGGCAGGAAUUGAGUUAUGAAAAGGACAUGAACGCCAAUCUCCGGCUACAGUUAAAGAAGAUGCAAGAAUCAAAUGCUGAACUGGUUCUUGCUGUGCAGGACCUUGAAGAAAUGCUGGAGCAAUCACAGUGUAAUAACAAAGACUCCAAGGAGCUAGUAGAAACAGAAAUGGAGAAGCUUGUACAGAGACAAAGCAACGGUAAUAACGAUACAGAAGCACUUGAGAAGAAGAUUAUAGACCUCUAUGGUGAAAUAGAGAUGUACAGAAGGGACAAAGAUGAUUUAGAGGUACAACUGGAACAACUUGCAUUAGACUAUGAGAUAUUGAAACAGGAGAAUCAUAGCAUUGUGUAUAAGCUUGAGCAAAGCCAAGUUCAAGAACAAUUGAAAAUGCAUUAUGAAUGUUCAUCUCCUCCUCCUCCUCCUAAUAAUAAUGAUCCUGAUCUUGAAAUGCAUAUUGAGAAUCUAGAGAAGCAACUCAAAGAACAGUCAGAAGAUUUCUCGAAUUCUCUUGCUACUAUUAAGGAACUCGAAACGCAUAUCAGGAGAUUGGAGGAAGAAUUCGAUAAGAAGAAACAUGGAUUCGAAGCUGACCUAGAAGCAGUGACGCGCGACAAAGUUGAACAUGAGCAGAGAGCCAUCAAAGCAGAGGAAGCUUUGCGGAAGACAAGAAUGGCGAAUGCUAAAACUGCCGAGAGGCUGCAAGAGGAGUUUAGAAGGCUCUCGUCUCAAAUGACCUCCACAUUUGACGCCAAUGAGAAAGCUGCCAUGAAAGCAUUGAAAGAAGCGAGCCAACUGCGUUCGCAGAAGAGUUUACUAGAAGAAAUGCUGCGAAAAGCUAAACAAGAGAUUCAGUUGCUUCAAUCUGAUUAUGAUUUAAAACUCGAUGAUCUCUCAAAUCAAAUGAAUACAAUGACGGUUCAGAUUCAACAGAUGAAGCUGGAGAUCGAGGACAAGACAAAGCAGCUAGAAGAUCAGAAGAAGAACGGGGAACAAGCUGGUAGCGAUUUCUCUGAGGAGAUUCGAGUGCUUAAGGCAGAGAAUGAAGAUCUGAACGGAGAGAUUUGGCGGUUACGCGAGCAAGUAGAAGGAAAUGAAAGUCGUAGAAAUGAGUUGGAACUAAUGAAGAAAUCGAUGGAGGAAUCCGAGGAAAUGUUACAGAGAGGAAGUGCCGAAAGAAAUGAACUGGUGAGUACGAUUGCAUUGUUAAAGAAGGAAGCAGAGCAGUCAGUUAACGAGGCUAGGCGAUUGGAGAAGGAGGUGGAAGCAGUUAGAGCUCAAUACAGUGAGUUGAAAGGUUCGAUUUCGGAAGAGGUCGCAGAGAAAGAAAAACUUAGGAAGCAAGUUUUGCAGAUGAAGAGUGAGAUCAAGAAGAAGGAGGAUGCGUUAAGCAGCAUGGAGAGGAGGCUUAAGGAUAGUUUGAAGAACAAGAAAACUGCUUCAGCUCCUCAGAAUUCAAAAGACAUAGCAAGUCUGAGGGAAAAAAUCAAAAUGCUUGAGGGACUUGUAAAGUCAAAGGAAAAAGCAUUGGAGAGUUCAUCAAGUUCAUUCUUGAAUAAGGAGAAGGAACUCCAGACCAAAAUUGACGAGUUGGAGAAUAAAGUGGAGGAAUUCAAUCAGAUUAUUGCUUUGCAGCAGGUUUCUCAGGAUUUAAGCAUUAUUUCUUCAAAAGAUGUAUGUGAUGAAAAGGAGAUGGUAAGUGAGUUGACGGAAAGAAACAAGUCAAUGGAAAGCGAACUAAAAGAGAUGCAAGAGAGAUACUUAGAAAUGAGCCUCAAAUUUGCAGAGGUAGAAGGUGAGAGACAACAGCUUGUUAUGACUCUGCGCAACCUCAACCUCAACCUCAAGGCUAUUAACAAACCCUAAUUAGUACU